AUGGCUGGGGCAGUGCCGGAUAUUCCGGGCGUCAAAGCGCCUCCCGAAGGAGCCAGAGAGAUUUCGUUAGAGAUAAUGCGGCUAUUAGGAAGACACUCGCCGAAAUUUCCAGGGGCUCAGCCCGUUUCGUUUGCGAGACAGCACCUCGAACACGCGCUACUGGACGAGGACUACUUUGUGUGCGAAAAGAGUGAUGGACUGCGUUGUUUGAUGUUUUUGUCGAGCCUCAACGGAGAAGAGCGCACAUACCUUAUAACGCGCAAAAACGAGGUGUUUUGGAUCCCUGAUCUGCAUGUUCCCCUCACCGAGACCGACCCAUCGAGCUUCCACGUUAAUGGCACGCUGAUUGAUGGUGAAUUAGUUCGCACCCAGGACGGCCGUCUCAAGUAUCUUAUGUUCGACCUCCUGGCCCACAACGGCAAGUCUCUUGUCGAGCGGGUGCUUGAUUCUCGGCUGGGAUAUCUGAAAUCCGGGGUGUUCAAACCUUUCCAGGCCCUGGUGGCCAAGUACCCGGAAGAUACUCAAAACUUUCCGUUCAAAAUCUACAUGAAGGCAAUGGAGCUCUCCUACGGACUCGAAAAAGUACUCAAGGCGCGACUCACGCACCUUUCAGACGGCCUGAUUUUCACCUCGCGCAGGCAGCCCUACAUUUUUGGAACGGACCCACAUAUUUUGAAAUGGAAACCCCCCAACGAGAACAGUGUAGAUUUUGUUUUGGAGAUGGAGUUCAACGAGUACGAGGACCCAUCGAGCGGCGAAAAGUGGCUGGACUACGAUUCGGUUCCGCAGUGUAACUUAUUGGCCUGGCAUGGCGGAUCACAAGACCUGCCGUUUGGUCACAUGUAUCUUGAAAACGACGAAUGGGAAAAGCUAAAGGCUCUAGGCGAGCCGCUGAACCGCAGAGUUGUCGAGUGUAUUAUGGAUGAUACGGGUCGUUGGCGAUUUUUGAGAUUCCGCGAUGAUAAAGACCACGGCAAUCACAUCGAUACGGUUGAGAGUGUCAUGGAAAGUAUUCAGGAUCACAUCACUGAAAAGGACCUGCUCAACUCGGUAGAAACAAUUAGAGACGCUUGGCACGACCGCCAAGAACAACCCAGUGCUAAACGGUUAAAGACGUAG